CAUGGACUGAAGUCUACACCUGAAGCAAAAUUUUGAUCUUCUAGCAAACUUCCUUCAUUUGAAGGUCCAAUUAAAAGAUUCAUUUUCAUUCCAGUUCAAGUCCUUGAUUUUAGUAUUAAAUCGGCUUACAUUUACAAUUGACGUGAAAAAUCCCUAAUAUUUUAACAAAAUGCUUAUGUCACGCCCUGUUUUUUCACGACUCUUUCAACAAACAGUCCGUCGGUACCACCACGGCGACUACAAGACGCCGUCCAUGGACGAGCUGCCGGUGCCGCGCGGCUCGUGGCAGGCGCAGUACGACGCCAACCAGCGCCGCUACAAUGCAACACUUCUUUUUGGGGUUGCCUUCGCUGCAGGAACGAUCAUACUGGCUAAAACUUCCGGUUUAGUUUACCUGAACUACUCUCCCCCCAAAUCUUUGGACUAAAUAGCUGGCACUGUGAUUACUAUUGUACACAUAGUUCAGUCAUUGUGCAGUGAGUAGAGCCGCGACGCCGCGCGGUGUGAACAGGCACCUUCGUAACUAACUUGCUGCACCGCUGUGACAAAGACUGAACUAUGCACAUCAAAUAAAUAAUUUGUAUUUAGUAAAUAAAUCAUUAUAAUUACGUUA